AUGGGCGUACUACAAACUCGUGGCCGGCGUGAUUCGCGCGCUUCGGUCUUGUCACAUCCAAAUUGGAGUUUCGACCGCGACCUGGACGCUUCCUCCCUUCCAUCGCAGUCGCUGGUGGAACACGCUAAUCUGGGUAGCUCUCCCGGCGGCGUGGAGGCGUCAAGCUACAAUGGCGCGAGCAUGAGAACCCCCAGUCGCUCAUUUUACCACCGCUCUUUUAAUACAACAAACGACCCGGCACAUUAUGCCUCGGACGGUCUUCGCGAACAGACAGCCGAACUUGCGACUUACGGUCUGUCUUUAAAUAAGGAGCCCUCGCGCGCCCGCACAAGCCUGCCGCCUAGCUUGGACCUUUUCCGCGAGCGUCGCUUUUCCAGUCUAUCCCAUAAUGAUAUCGCCAGCUCGUCGUACCCGCCAGUGGAGGAGGUGAUAGAAGAGUCGGAUGCUGUCCACGAAGAACCACCGUUGGCUUCGUCGGCCUUGACAGAGAUGAUCCGUCAACCUGCUUCAUCUCCCCUGGAAGACCAUGGCAGACCUAUAUCAGAGAUCGAACCGUUUCCACCUUUACCCACCAUUCACGGUGAGCCGGAACGAGACACAGAACGAACCUCAUUAUUAACGAAGAGACGAUCCAAAUCCCCGCAUAAUUACGGAGCGGUCGAAGAUGUUGAAAGCCAAGGUGGUGUUACUAGCCGGUCUUCCACCGUCCUGGCCAAGGGUCUCGCUACGGUGGCUAAGUGCUCCCGGACUAUAUUGAAUCCAAAGUCCUGGGAUCGCCGUGCCAUGUGGGAGCAGGGAAUCGUGCAGCCAGCCAGUCUGAUCCCUGCUGUUCUGCUGGGACUUCUCCUCAACAUCCUGGACGCUCUGUCCUACGGCAUGAUCCUAUUUCCGCUGGGAGAACCGCUAUUUGCGGAUCUCGGCUCGGACGGAAUCUCCAUGUUCUAUGUCAGCACAAUUAUUGCUCAGGUGGUAUUCUCAAGUGGCGGGUCAAUCUUUAAAGGAGGAAUUGGCAGUGAGAUGAUUGAAGUAGUCCCGUUCUUCCACCAGAUGGCGUUUGCCAUCAUGAAUCGCAUUGGCAAGGACAACCCACAGUCAGUUAUUGCGACUACCAUUCUCGCAUUUUCGGUCAGCUCGGUCCUGACCGGUCUGGUUUUCUUUUUGAUGGGCGUGUUCGGGCUUGGUUCCCUUAUUGGUUUCUUCCCACGUCAUAUCCUUAUUGGUUGCAUCGGGGGUGUCGGCUAUUUCCUUCUGCAAACUGGAGUGGAGGUCUCUGCUCGUCUGCCGGGAUCUCUGGACUACAACCUGGAGACAUUGGAGAAACUCUUUCAUGCGGAUACGGUUGCACUUUGGAUGAUACCCUUAUCUCUUGCGAUUGGACUGCUUGCUUUGAAGCGCUUCAUUCGAUCGAACUUCCUUGUAGGGGCUUAUUUCAUUGUUGUGGCUGUAAUGUUCUACAUUGUCGUCCUCUGUGCUGGGGUGUCUAUGGAUACUCUUCACAAGAAGGGAUGGGCCUUUGAUGCUCCCUCAUCCAAUAACCCUUGGUACCACUUUUACAGUCUCUAUGACUUUUCUGAAGUGAACUGGACGGCCUUCGCGGAUACACUUCCAGCCAUGUUCGCAUUGACUUUCUUCGGUGUCCUACACGUGCCCAUUAACGUUCCUGCAUUGGGAAUCUCAACGGGAGAAGACAAUCUCAAUGUUGACCGAGAGCUGAUGGCUCAUGGUGUGACGAAUGCUGUGUCAGGAUUUGCGGGUAGCAUUCAGAACUACUUGGUAUAUACGAACAGUCUCCUUUUUAUUGCCAGCGGCGGUACAUCCCGCUUAGCUGGUCUGAUGCUAGCGGCUGCAACAGCAGGGAUCAUGGUCGUGGGCCCAGUAAUCAUUGGGUACAUUCCAGUCAUGGUAGUUGGUGCCCUUAUUUUCUUGCUGGGAAUCGAACUACUGGAAGAAGCAUUGGUGGACACUUGGGGAAAGCUCUCGCGGCUCGAGUACCUCACGGUUGUUAUCAUCGUUGUUACUAUGGGUGCCUGGGACUUUGUCAUGGGUAUCCUGGUCGGUAUCAUGCUGGCUUGUGUCAACUUUGUGGUCCAAACUUCUCGUAAAUCUGCUAUUCGAGCCACAUUUUCAGGAGAAAUUGCCGGUUCGACAGUUCGUCGACCACCGAUCCAGCAGCAAUUCCUGCACGAGGCUGGUCAGCAGACUGUGAUUAUGAAGUUGGGCGGCUAUCUCUUCUUUGGCACAAUCGUCAACGUGGAGAACACCAUGCGCGGCCUGAUUCAGGACGAUGCAUUCAGGAAGCAGCCCAUCCGAUUUUUGAUCCUGGACUUUUCCCGAGUCUACGGAUUGGAUUUCUCAGCUGCCGAGGCGUUUACACGUAUCAACCGUAUCCUCCGCAAGCGCAACGUCCAAACCACCAUUUCCGGUCUCAAUGUAGAAGGCGACGUGGGCAAGAGUCUCCAGAAUGUGGGCCUUUUCGAGCCCGAAACAGGUGUCCCAAUCUUCGAAGAUCUCAACUCCGCCCUCGAGUUCUGCGAAAACGAUUACCUAAAAGUUUUCUACAGUCGCCAGGAAGCGCUAAUCAGCAAACCUGUCGAAACCUCACACACCACCAACCGCCUCGACGUCCCUGUCCCUGUCCCAACACACUCUCACCCCAACCUAUCCGAAACCAUCGUCAGUUCCCCACGCGGCCAAUACCUCCAGCGAGUCGCAACCACCACAAUCCGCGAACAUGAAACAUCAAUGUCAAUGAUGGCUGCACCUGCCUGGUCUGCAAUGCGCCAACCUCUCCCCCUCCUCUUACAGACCUUCCAGGGUCUCUCCAACCAAAACGAGGACUUCUGGUUCCCCGCCUGCGCCUACUUCUCACGCGAAGUUUACCCAGCAGGCACCAUCUUGUACCACGAAGGCGACGUCCCGCGUGCUUUCUAUCUUCUUGAGGCUGGUAUGCUGCGUUGCGAGUAUGAUCUCCCUCAAGGCCGCUACUUCGAGCUCGUUGUCGCCGGCAGGCCGUGUGGCGAGCUACCAUUCUUCAGCGAUACACGUCGCACAGCCACAGUCAAGGCCGAGCAUGAGUGUGUCGCUUGGUGUCUGAGUGAUUGGAAAUGGAAGGCCCUUCAGGAAGCGGAGCCGCGAGUCGCCCGUGAAUUGUUAACAGUCAGUCUAAAAUUGACAACUGAGCGCAUGGACUGUAUCACCUCAUAUGUGCUGACUAUGGCUGCUUGA